AUGCCCUUCUCUUUCCGAAGAAGAAGAAAGGAUGAAAGUAGCCACCACCACCACCACAACAACAACAAUAAUGAAGAGGACGAUUCCAGUAACAAUGUCCGUCAUCAGCAUGUCGUUAUUCCUCUUCAUGAUGAUGGUGAAACCAACCACCACAAUCACCUCUCCAACUCCUCCACUUCCUCAAAAUCGAUCAGUAACGGAAUAACUGGAACACAACUUUCUCACCCCACCACCACUCUUACUCUCCUUCCAACCUCAUCCUCCUCGAGUUCUCCUCCCACUUCUUCUUCGCCUGCCGUUUCAGCAUCGGGAAUCUUUCAACAUGUUCCUUUGAGUCGUCAAGGAAGCAACGGUAAGGCUUCAUCUUUUCUUUCAUGGCUAGGUUAUCACAUGAUGAAGAAGAAAACAGGUGGCAACUCUCCUCCAUCCUCCUCAACAUCCUCCUCUUUGUCUUCUUCGGCUCAAUCCAUCAUCAAUGUUUCGAGCAAUAGUAUUCAUUUUGAGAGUCAUAUGGACGAUCAUCGUCACCACACGAGCAAUAACAAUCAUACGGGAUCAUCAGAACUACUAACGGCCGUUAUGAAUGGCGACCAUGAAGAUGUAAAUAUUCAUUCAACUUCAAAACAGAAGCAACCCCAACAAGGUGAUGGAGUUCACCGUUUACUUUUAUCUGUUACAAACCCAUCAUCAUCGGAUUCACAAGGUCACUACACAAUUGUGGAUCAACAUCAAAAUCCUCAACAAUAUCAUCAACUUCAUAGUUUAUUGAAAAAGAGGAAUCAUCAUCUCAAACUUUCAGGCAAUCAUCUUGAAGAGAGUACGAACACGCUUGGUUUUUUCCAAGCUGAGGAGAAAAAUUUGUCACCAAAGAACUUGUCAUCAUCAGAAGAGAAUACUAUCACUUCGCCACGAGUUGUGAUCUCGACACCAACAGGUACUGAUAAAGUAUUGUCUACAGACGAGUUUUAUCGCGGAUUUGUGGAUGAUAUCAUCUCGGAUUCAGACCAUUCUGACGUUAUGUGUUUUUCUCCACCUGCAGCGGAUGACAUGAUUCUACACGAGGCACACAUGUUAUCGAAUGCACAUAAUGAAAUACUUCCUACAUCUUUGACAACAACGACAACAGAAGAACAACUAGAGCUAGACCCUGACAUGCUUGAAUUUGAAGAAUGGUUCAAAAAAUUUGAAAUUGGGGCGGACAAUGAGGGAAAUGGUACUGUAGACUUGAAUGCAACUGUCAAAAAAAAAGUCGAGAGCUAA